AUGGCGGAGGUGGCCGUCAGCAGGUGGAUGAGGCGAAGGGGAGGCAGAAGGAGAGGAGGAGGUGCGGGACCUGAGGAAGUCCUGUUUUCUUGCUGGUUGUUGUCAUGGCAUGGCACACUGGACAAUAAAAGCUAUCUAUCUAUCCUGUCUUUUCUCCUCCUGACUAAGCAGAAGCGGCAGCAGCGGGGAGCCUCAUCGACCUCCUCUGACAGCUCAGAGGAGGAGGAGGACGAGCAGGAGGAGCAAGAGGAGCAGCAGCAGCACCAGCAGGCGGGAGCCUCCUCCUCUGAGAGCUCAUCAGAGGAGGAGGAGGAGCAGGAGGAAGAGCAGCAGCAGCAGCAGCAGCAGCAGCAGCAGCAGCAGGCCUUGGCCCAAAAGGUGAAGGAGAAGGUCGGCUUCACCCCGCGAAAAACAGACAAGGCGAGGAGGGCCGUUGUCAUGUUGGAGAAAAUCUAG